AACUUUCUUCCCAGGAGGACCCUGUUCUGGAGCGUUAUUUUAAGGGCCACAAAGCUGCGAUCACCUCUGUGGACUUUAGUCCCAACGGCAAACAACUUGCUACCGCCUCCUGGGACACAUUCCUCAUGCUGUGGAGCUGCAGGCCGCAAGCCAGGGCCUUCAGAUACGUGGGCCACAAGGACGUCGUGACGAGCGUGCAGUUUUCUCCGGUGGGAAACUUGCUGGCGUCUGCAUCGCGAGACAGGACUGUUCGACUCUGGAUUCCCGACAAGAGAGGGAAAUCCUCUGAAUUUAAAGCUCACACAGCUCCAGUUCGCAGUGUGGACUUCUCAGCUGAUGGCCAGUUUCUAGCUACAGCUUCUGAAGACAAAUCCAUCAAAGUAUGGAACAUGUAUCGCCAGCGCUUCUUGUAUUCCUUGUACCGACAUACACACUGGGUGCGCUGCGCCAAAUUUUCACCAGACGGAAGACUAAUUGUAUCAUGUAGUGAAGAUAAAACUAUUAAAAUUUGGGACACCACAAGUAAGCAGUGUGUCAGUAACUUCUCAGAUUCUGUAGGGUUUGCCAAUUUUGUGGAUUUUAACCCUAACGGUACAUGCAUAGCUUCAGCGGGUUCUGAUCAUACUGUGAAAAUCUGGGAUAUAAGAUUGAACAAAUUACUCCAGCAUUAUCAAGUUCACAGCGGCGGAGUUAAUUGUUUAUCAUUCCAUCCUUCGGGUCACUAUGUCAUCACCGCUUCUUCAGACGGGACCCUGAAGAUUCUGGAUCUACUAGAAGGAAGGCUCAUAUAUACACUUCAAGGACACACGGGACCUGUCUUUACUGUUUCGUUUUCAAAAGGUGGAGAGCAGUUCUCGUCGGGAGGUGCGGAUGCACAGGUUUUAUUAUGGAGGACUAACUUUGAUGAACUGAAUUAUAAAAAUUUUACUAAAAGAAAUCUCAAAAGGUUACAUUUUGAUUCGCCACCACAUCUUUUUGACAUCUACCCGAGAACACCACAUAACCAUGAGGAGAAAACCGAGACUGUUGAAAUCAACCCGAAGCUCGAGGUCAUUGGCUUGCAGUCCUCCACGCCCCCUGUUGUGGACAUCCUUUCUUUCGAUUCUACCACAACAACGGAAACUAUAUUUAGAACUCUUCCAGACAAGGGUGAAGAGAUGUGCAAGUAUUUCUCGAAUCCUUCUUUAAUGCCAUCGGAAUGUGCACCAACCACCUUGAAAAAGAAAGCAGAAGACAUGAGCGACCUCCCUUCUGAGGGUCAGAGAAGCAUACCACUCGCCGUGACGGAAGCUUUAGAGCACAUCAUGGAGCAGCUCAGUGUUUUGACACAGACUGUUUCCAUCUUGGAGCAGCGACUGACUUUGACAGAGGAUAAGCUGAAAGACUGCCUUGAAAAUCAGCAGAAGCUUUGCAGCGCCAUCCAACAGAAAAGCUAAGUGGAAAAGCGUGAGCAGAGGACGACCAAGGCGCACACGUGUACACGCACAGGAAGGCAGUGCGGGAGGCUCCGAGUAACACAACCGUGCGCCAAUAUCGUGACAUUUCUCAAAAGGGCGAGCAACAGAAUAAAAGGCAGAAAAGGCAUAACUAAGGAUGAACUUAAACACACAAAUCAAUGUCAAGGACUAAUUCAAAUCAUUACCAUUUAUGAUUGCAAUAAUAAAGUGAUAAGCACUCAAGCGGCUCUAUAUUUUCCCCAUACUAUUUUAAAUGUCAGUUUUCACUAAGAAAGUAACUAAAUCUCUGGAUUGCAUUGUUAAAUCAUUUCAGAUUAACCAUGUUCACACAAUUCCUUAAAGCAAUGAAUGUAUUUUUUUUAGUGAACACCCUUGGAGUGAAAUAAUUCACUUACCUCUAAAAUAGCAUCCUGUAUGCAGAGAAUGAGUUAAUGAUCUGUUUUGUGAUUCUUUCAGUUCAAAGAAAACAUUUACCCUUUCUUACCAAUGCCUUGAAAAGAUGACCUUAUAAAAAUUUCCAAGACAAGUACACUUACUUUAGCAACAGUACAUGUGCAACAUAGGUCAAUGGGCUUUUCUUUAACAUGUGGUGUAUAUUGUUUCUCUUUGACCAACCUGAAAGAAAAUGAAGUUAAAAGUAUGCAAAGCACACUGUUUUUUCUUUCAUCAAUGAAUGCACUAGAUGAUUUUGAGUUGUCUUCUAAGCCAUGAUCCCAGUUUGCAAAGAUUACGUUAUUGUGAUUUCAUUCUGCUCAAAAGCCAGAAGGAUGCAGCAACAGUACUUACAACUACACACAUCUGUGUUCACGCGCUUCAGAGAUGUUGCAGAGGGUGAUUUUGGCAGCUCAGUAAUGGAUACCAAAAAAA